AUGGCGACCAACUCAAUCAAAUUGUUGACCGGUAAUAGCCAUGGCCAGCUCGCUAAAUUGGUUGCCGAGAGGCUCGGUAUUGAGCUUGCGAAGAUCGUGGUGCUGCAAUAUUCCAACAAUGAAUCAAGCAUCUCAAUCGGAGAAUCAGUUCGAGACGAAGAUGUCUUUGUUCUACAGUCCACUGAGCCCGGCAACAUCAACGAUCACAUCAUGGAGCUGCUCAUCAUGAUCAAUGCCUGCCGAACCGCCUCGGCUCGUCGCAUCACCGCCGUCCUUCCCAAUUUCCCAUACGCGAGACAGGACAAAAAAGAUAAGAGUCGGGCACCGAUUACCGCCAAGCUUAUGGCGAACAUGCUGCAGACAGCCGGUUGCAACCACGUCAUCACAAUGGAUCUCCACGCUAGUCAAAUUCAAGGAUUUUUCAAUGUGCCUGUUGAUAACCUCUACGCCGAACCUUCGACGCUGCGUUGGAUCCGCGAGAACCUGCGCGUGCAGGAUUGCGUCAUUGUCUCGCCCGACGCCGGUGGUGCGAAGCGCGCGACCAGCAUUGCGGACAGCCUCGACCUGCAGUUCGCGCUGAUCCACAAGGAGCGCGCGCGACCGAAUGAGGUCUCACGCAUGACGUUGGUUGGUGAUGUUCAGGACAAAGUCGCCAUUAUCGUGGACGACAUGGCCGAUACCUGUGGAACUUUGGUCAAGGCGGCCGAUGUCUGCAUCGACCACGGCGCGCGGGAGGCGAUUGCCAUUGUCACACACGGAAUUCUCAGCGGUGAUGCGAUCAACAAGUUGAACAACAGCAAAUUGAAGAAGUUGGUGGUGACGAACACUGUGCCCCAUGAGGAGAAGAAGAAGCUUUGCGAUCGGUUGGAGACCAUUGACAUCAGUCCCACGCUUGCCGAGGCCUGCCGGAGAACACACAACGGCGAGAGUGUAUCAUUCUUGUUCAAGCACGCACCACUAUGA